AGUUCCACCAUGACUAAGUUCGCCUUAUAUGGCCUUGUAUUUUCUGAUUUUUGCUUGAUCAAAUAUUUGUCUAUUAACUUUCUUAUUUAUAAACUCAAAGUAACUUGUUUCUACAAAAAACAUGACUAAGUGGCGUUAUUCGUCAUUCUGGUUAAAAAAAUCUACUUUUUUUUUAUCCAUUUGCUAAAAAAGAGAAUACAGAAAAAGUAUCUACAGUCGAAGCGCAAUUUAAUGAAAAUCAUAAUUUUGAAUCAAAUUUUGGCAGGAGUUCAACUGAAAGAGAUGUGAGGGGCUCAUUGGAUUUAAGCUUGAAGUAAUCUUUUGCAUAGACUUAAUUCAUAAGGUUGACUAAGCGCAAAAUUUUUAUGUGACUGUGAAUGCUAAACGGUAGACGCUUCCAAGAAAGUGCAUGGGAUCUCGAUCGAAUUAAGAUAAUAUUAUCAGAUCGAAUGCUUAUGAUCGCCAGAUUCACAAUCUCGCCAUCAUUGGCAGCGGGUAUAAAAAAGAAAGCGUUGCUAGAUCUAAUCCUAGUUGAUAGCCAGAUGUUUGUCGGACUGAAGGUGUUUACUUCGAUGCUGCUGCCGAUUAUUUUGCUGGCACACUUGGCUAGUUCUGCUUCUCAAGACUGUAAGACCGAUGAGAAAUGCAUCAGAAUGGAUAAGUGUCCCCUCAUGGUCAAACCGGAGUACACGAUGCGAACAAUCAGACACAGGCAUUGCCGCCCCGAUAUAAAAACGAUUGAGAGCUAUUACCACGAAUAUAUCUGCUGUCCAGGACAAGGUAACGUGCUGCCAAAUGAGGAGAUCUGUGGACAAAGGCCUCCCACUAAUCGGGUUAUGAAUGGCAAACAAGCUGAGCUGAACGAGUUCCCCUGGAUGGCCCUGAUUCUAUACCAGAAUCGUAUAACUUUAAAGCCGAAACCGAAAAUCAUUUGUGCGGGAUCCCUGAUCAAUCACCGCUAUGUCCUGACCGCAGCACACUGCGUGAGCAUCGGGUAUUUCCCUCCGGAUGCUGAGGUCAAGGCAGUUCGCUUGGGCGAGCAUGACCGAUCCUCCGAUCCAGACUACAUCAAGCUGUUGAAUGGGAAGUGGCACUGGGCUCCUCCGCAUCUGGAAGUCGACGUGGAGGAGAUUAUCAAACAUGAGUAUUUUAACAGUAACUUUCAAAACGACAUCGCCCUGCUGAGACUCCAACUGCCAGUACGCUAUACCAAAGCAAUCGCUCCCAUUUGUAUUCUGGGAGGUCAAAUCACGCCGAAUGCCUACAAAAGAUACAUAUUGGAAAUAGCUGGUUGGGGCAAAGCGGAAAAGCACACACCCAGCCAAGUCUUGCGAAAGUCGUCUAUCAUGGAAGUGACCGAAGAUAAGUGCCCAACUCAUUUUAAAAUCUCGCUGGAGUUCCAAGUCUGUGCUGGUGGUCAGUUCGGAAGGGACACCUGUGUGGGCGACUCCGGCGGUCCGUUGAUGGCCACCAUGGGAAAAAGCUUAGCAGAAUUCGUCUAUUUACUUGGUAUCACCUCCUACGGAUAUAUAAAGUGCGGACAGCUUAACCAUUCAAGUGUAUACACCAAAACGGAAUCUUAUUUCUAUUGGAUACAGCAGAAUUUGAGGCCUUAAACAUUUUGAAAUUACUUUCAAAAGUUAAGCAUUCUUCCUUUUUGCUUUUGCUUUUCUCGAUCUAUGC